AUGGAUCCAGGAUUACUCGAUGAGCAACAAAACCAAGUUCACAAACGUCUGCGUGAAUCGUGUUGUGAAUCGUGAGUUGUAAAAUUCAGAAUUUUCUCAAACAUUUCUCUUUUUAGCAUGAAAUCAACGACCGAAGUCGCAAAAAACAACCAUCGGAGACGUGCAAUUCCAGGACGUGAUGAAGAAUUUAAUGGAGGGAUACCACCCGAAAGCGCUGUUGCAUAUUUUCUUAAAUACCGAGUAUUAUUUGCCGUCGUUGUUCUAUUAGACGGCGUAUCUCACCAUCAACUUUGUCUGUCAGCUCUCAGAAUAGUUAUCCUUGAUUAAGAGACGUCACGUGCCGUAAGUCAUAUUCCAGAGUCUUAUGUAAAAAGAGGUUUGUCCAGAUUAUGCUUGAAACUGAAAAUCUGAAACUUUUUCAGCUGUCAUACAGCAAAGAUGUCAUGACUAUGCUCGGCAACGUGCUUACCACCAUGUGUCUCGACGUGUGCAGUCUUCUACAGUUUGAAACCUACAAUCCGUCCAAUUAA